UAGAGAACGCGCUCCCACUCCCAGUUUUCUCCUCGUAGAGACACCCAACGAUGCAGAGCUCGUCCGUACUUUGUUCUUCAAACUCUCUCUCUCCAUCACUCUCUCUCUCUACCUCUCAGCGGUUCCCACCCCCACUCCAAAACCGGUGCGCCACUACGGCCAUAGCCUCCUCCUGUCGAUUGCCCUCGUGCUGUUGGCAAAUUCGCCAGAGUACCAUCACUCGUUUGCACAGUACUGCUACACAAGAGAUUGUUGAAACCAGUAAGGCUGAACCAGGAUUUGUGGAGAUUGGGUACAUAUCCAGUGUCCAUGGACUUGAAGGAGAGGUUCGGGUAAAGUCUAGCACCGAUUUUCCUGAAUUACGAUUUUCCAAGCCAGGGAGAAGAUGGUUGCGACAACAAGUUUCAGGGAGAGAAGCAAUUAGAGAAGUUGAGCUAUUACAAGGAAGAGCACAUCCAGGAAAGAAGAGUUGGACUGUUAAAUUUAAAACAAUUAACACGGUAGACCAGGCUCAGCUACUCAUUGGAUCGACAAUACUUGUCAGUGAAGAAGAUAAACCUGAAUUGGAGGAAGGCGAGUUUUACUCUAAUGAUCUUGUUGGCAUGAGAGUUAUCCAUAAGGAAACUGCUGAACCAGUAGGUACUGUGGUCAAUAUUUUCAAUAAUGGAGCAAGUGAUGUUCUACAAGUCAUGCUGAAUUCCUCCACAGCUGAUAAACCAGAGUCGGAAGCAAGUGCUUCUGGUCCCCUUGUUUGGGUACCAUUUGUGGAAGCAAUUGUCCCGAAUGUUGACUUGAAUAAGAGAGAAAUGCUCAUUACUCCUCCAAAGGGACUCCUCGAUUUGAACAUACGAACUCAUGAGAGGUCCAAGAAAGAAAGGCGUCAGAUUGAAUGGAAAGAAAGAAAGAAGUUUCAAAAGCGCCUCAUAGCAGCAAAAAAGAAAUUGUGUGAAAUGGAGCAGCAGCAUGUUUUUCAUGGAUUUAGAUAUGGAGAGAGAUCCCAAACAAGCACACUUGCUGAUCAGAUCGUCAAUGUAAAUUCCAAGUUGCUUCAUCAGGCAUUGCAAAAUCUGGAUGUUCCCUCUAAGAGAUGGAAUUUCCAUGAGUUCAUGGAAAUUAAUUUAGCCAAGGAUGUGAGAAGCACUUUGAGAAUAUCAGAAGCAUGUCUUUCUAAUUCUGGGUGUGGAGAGAAGGUAAAUGCAAGUUCAAAGUUGCAAGAAAAGGGUCACCUCCUCACAUCAGAAGGCAAGGUUGCCACUGUCUUGUACAUGGAUGACUGUCAAAGGAAGGGAAGUAGCUUUGCACCUGAUCUUGUUGACAAAGCUGAAAACUCUUCCUGCCUCCUAGUGGAGAGGUUUUUCCAUGACAAUCAGAAGUAUGUGAAGACAAAAGACCGUGAUUCCAUGCCUCUGAUUUUGGUUUGCCCUGCACAUGAGAUCCAACCUCUCCAAAGUGCAUUCGAAAGUCAUAAUCAUUUUGGGUUUGACUCCACGAAGGUAUCGUUCUUGGAAGAAGAGAAGAUACCUGUUGUUAGAACCUCACUAGAAGAACAAAGCAAAUAUAAAAUUUUGAUGAAGUCACCAUGGGAAAUCCUCCAAAACUCAGUUGGAUCCGGAGGAGUUAUUAGCUUGCUUUCAUCAAACAGCAUUCUAGAGAACCUCACCGAAAUGGGUGUGGAGUAUAUUGAGGUUUGCAGUGUCGGUCAACGACUUAUUGGCGGGUACACUUUGCUUGGGCUAGUCAGUUCUUGCGAAGCAAACAUUGGGAUCCAAACCUGCAAGGACAUCAACGGUCUUGAGGACAAUUUUGACAUGGUGUUCUCCAUGACAUUUAUGAACCACUUGAUCAAGAAUAUGAAUAAACUCCCAUUUGAUGCAGUCCCGAAGUCAUAUCACCAUGUCGAGAAGGUUGACAACGAGUGGGUGGACGUUGUCCCUUCCGCUUCCAACUCUUAUGAGCUCCGUUGUUCAAUCUACGGUUCUUUAAAUCUCUGCUCUCCUGAUAAAGUUUGUCUCAUGGAGGUAACUGAGUAGUAAUGCAUACAGCAAAGUAACUGGUGUAUGAAAAGAAAAGUAUUAAUACAUGCAGCAAAGGUGCCCUUGUUAUAUCCUUCACCUCUCUCCUUUUCACCCUGGCAUAGCAGUUGAUGUACGAAAUACAAGUAUAUGCUUUGUAACUUGAAAGCUAUAGAGGUCGUGUACAUUGCUAUAUAGUAGUGUUCUUUUUUCUAUAACAAAGAAUGAUUAAGAAACCGAUAAUUCGUUAGGAAUGCACGGAAUAUUUGUAUGAUCAAAACGAAGAGUAUUUUUUAUGUUUGUGAUAAAAAGUGUACAUUGCUAUAUA